AUGAAGGCUUGUAUCAUUAUAGUUCGUUUCUCGGCGCUUAUUAAUGGGUCCCCGACUGGCUUUUUUGGUAGCUCACGUGGUCUUCGUCAAGGAGAUCUUUUAUCUCCUCUUUUGUUCUUGUUGGUGAUGGAGGUGUUGAGUAGAUUAUUGAGGAGGACAGAAGAGGGUGACUUUUUUAGGGGAUUCCAGGCAAGCCCCAAUGCAAGAGGAGGUUUGCAUAUUUCUCAUCUUUUGUUUGCUAAUGAUACUAUUCUUUUCUGUGAUGCAUCUAAAGAACAAUUAUUAUAUAUAAGGAUGGUGUUGAUCUUUUUUGAAGCUAUUACAGGCUUAAAAGUAAAUGUUGGCAAGAGUGAAAUUGUGCCAGUUGGUGAGGUUGGGAAUUUGGGUGCUUUGGCUCGCAUUCUAUGUUGUAAGGUUGGGCGUUUGCCUAUGUCUUAUUUGGGAAUGCCUCUUGGGGCUCAUUUUAAGGAUAUUUCGAUCUGGAAUCAUAUUUUAGAGAGGGUGGAGAAGAAGCUCGCUGGUUGGAAGUGGUUGUAUUUGUCAAAAGGAGGUAGGCUUACUUUAUUGAAGAGUACUUUGUCAAGUCUCCCAACUUAUUAUCUAUCACUGUUUACAAUUCCGCAACACAUAGUAGACAGACUAGUGAGGAUUCAAAGGAAUUUCCUGUGGGGGAGUUCUAAUGAUGUUUUCAGAUAUCUGCUUGUUGCUUGGGAUAAGGUUGUUUGGCCGGUGGAGAUGGGGGGUUUGGGGAUUCGGAAGAUUGGGCUUUUUAACCAAGCUCUACUUGGGAAGUGGCUUUAG